AUGGCUCUGAGGUCUUUGCUUCUUGUUGGGCUUGGUUUCGUCCUUUUAGGGCAGGCAUAUGCUGCAGUUGAUUACAAACAGGCCCUCCACAACUCGUUGCUGUAUUUUGAAGCCCAAAGGUCCGGGAAAUUGCCGCCCAACCAGCGUGUGCUUUGGCGUGGUGAUUCUGCUCUCAAAGAUGGUAGUGAUGCUGGUGUCGACCUCACCGGAGGAUACUAUGAUGCUGGUGACAACGUGAAGUUUGGAUUCCCGAUGGCCUUCACCAUCACCAUGCUCUCCUGGAGCGCGGCGGAGUUCGGCUCCCAACUCAGGGCCAAUGGUGAGCUGCAGAACAACCUGGCCGCCAUCAAAUGGGGCACCGACUACCUGAUCAAGGCCCAUCACGAGCCUGAAGUCCUCUACGCCGAGGUCGGCGAAGGUGGCUCCGACCACGCUUGCUGGGAGAGGCCCGAAGACAUGACCACACCUCGGACGUCUUACAGUGUCGACGCUUCGAAGCCCGGCUCGGAUAUCGCCGGGGAGACUGCCGCGGCGUUGGCUGCUGCAUCCAUCGCAUUUAAGGGUUCAGAUGCCAGAUAUGCCGCCACUCUUCUGGGCCAUGCAAAACAGCUGUUCGAUUUUGCUCGCAAGUAUCCUGGUAUGUACCAGAACAGCAUCCCAGUUGCCGGGCAAUUCUAUUCCAGCAGUGGAUACGAGGAUGAAUUGCUAUGGGCAGCUGCAUGGCUUUACCAAGCCACCGGGGACCGGGCCUACUUAGACUUCCUCGGGUCUGCCCAAAACAAUGGCGGCGUCAGGUCUAUGUUCUCUUGGGACGACAAAUUCGUCGGAGUCCAGACCCUAGUCUCAAAGCUGAUCUUGGAAGGCAAGGUGCCCAACAAUGGGACCUGGUCCCAGUACAAGAGCAAUGCAGAUCAGUUCAUGUGCAACGUCGUCCAGAAGGGGAACAGCAAUGUCAAGAUGAGCCCUGCCGGCAUGCUCUGGUGGCAACCCUGGGCCAAUUUCCAGUAUACCACCUCGGCGAUGCUGGUCCUUGCCGCCCAUGCUGACCACCUCGCAAGUGCCAAAGCCAGCCUCAGCUGCUCGGGUGGCUCCCUUGCAUCCAAGGACAUGAUCUCAUUCGUCAGAUCGCAGGUGGACUACAUUCUGGGGAAGAACCCAAAGGGGUUGAGCUACAUGGUAGGGUUUGGGUCCAAUUAUCCAGUUAAGGUGCACCACAGGGGUGCAUCGAUCAUAUCGAUCAAGAAGAACCCAAGUCCAGUAAACUGCCAACAGGGAUUCAGCGAUUGGUACAACAAGGACGCACCCAAUCCUAAUGUGCUCGUGGGCGCCAUCGUGGGCGGGCCCGAUGCCACGGAUGGGUAUUCAGACGAUAGGAACAACUACCAGCAGAACGAGCCGGCCACGGCCAGCAUCGCACCUAUCGUCGGCGUGCUGGCGAGCAUUGCAUAA